AACAUGACAUUGAGUACGGUUAAAGGCAGACUGCCAGUGUUUCAGUCAAUGCAACUCGCAUGGCUUGGGACCGGCGCUGGACUGCCUUGAUCGACACGAACUGUCCGGGAUGUAUUUUUAACAGUGUGCUUUAAUUUCUUUGCGGCAAAGAGGGCGCCGGGAGUAGCGCGUGGUGUAACGGACCUUUUAAUCCAUUCUUUUAACAGCCGCUGCAGUCAUUGCACCGACAGAUAAAAACCGUGUUUUGGUCUACGUCAAGGAGGAAAGUAUCACCUCUGUGUCGACAAAACUGCAUCAUCACCCGAAACUGACGAAGACAGUCCCCACAGCGCCAGAAAAACAGGAAAACCUGCAACGGAGAGACAGGAGCUAACAGCAGGCUACAUUGGCUGGUUAACGUUAGCUAAGUUGGCACCUUCGAGAACUUUGUUGGCAAGAUGCCGUUAUCAGCUCUUGAUAUCAGUGUUCCAGCUUAGAUGUUGUAACGUUAUCCCACUGUCCGGAGAACUCGGUACAGGAGAGAGAGCGGGGGCACAAUGCAUAUUGUAGUUGCAAAAGUUAGCUAACAUCUAGCUAGCAAGCCGUGCUAGUCUUCUAACGUGACUCACUGGCUGGCUCUGGAUGAAUGUAACGUAUCCCUACAUCGGGUGUUGCCUGCCUGCCCGUCGCCCCUUCACCGGAACGCUGGAGAUGAAUCGCUUGUGACUGAAGAAAAACGACUUCGCAUUGUCUCCUGUCACGCCGGGGACAAACAAACGUCGGUUUGAUUUGACGACAUUACUUUGAUUUCUGUGACAAUAGUAUGAUGGGAUCCCUGAAGGCUCUCCAGGAGUGGUGUCGGAUACAGUGUGAAAAUUACAACGAUGUGGAAAUAAGGGACAUGUCAGCGUCCUUUCGGGACGGUCUGGCAUUUUGUGCCAUAAUACAUCGUUACAGACCAGAUUUGAUAGACUUUGGCUCGCUGUCUAAAGAGAAUGUCUACGAGAACAACCGAAUGGCAUUUGAGGUGGCCGAGACAGAGCUGGGGAUUCCAGCCUUGUUGGACCCAGAAGACAUGGUGUCCAUGAAAGUGCCUGACCGGCUCAGCAUCAUCACCUACGUCUCCCAGUAUUACAACUUCUUUAACAACAAGUCUCAGGCGAACCCCCCUUGCAUGAAGAGGCCGAGUUCUGUUGGUCAAAAUGAGCCAGCCCAGAAAAGGCCUCCAACCCCUUUGGAAGACAAAGUUGUUGAGUCCGAGCCGAGCCAGCUCAAACAGACAGGUGUAGCAGCACUCGCAGCAGUCAAGCGCAGCACACUCAGCAGCACCUGCGCUGCCUGCCAGAAACACGUCCACCUGGUGCAGAGGUUUCUGGUGGACGGCAAGCUCUACCAUCGCAACUGUUUCAGGUGCACAGAGUGUCACAGCACUCUGCUUCCUGGAUCUUACAAAUUGGGGAGCGACUCUGGGGCGUUGGUCUGUACACAUCAUCUUGUAAGGCAUUCUUUAGCCAACCUGAAUGGCCGACCAGAUCUUAGUAAGAGACCAGUGGCAGUUCAGUCUGCCAGAAUUGGCCGCAGCACAACUCCGCACACCUCGCCCUCUGAGAGGGAGCAGGCUAGGACUCCAUCCCCAGUGAGCCCAACAAACAAUACUGACAUGCCUACCAAUGACUCUGCCACAGUCACUCCUGUUACGAUAAAGAAAGCAGACUCUUCUGAAAAAGUAGAGGAGAUUGGUGGUAGUGGAGCAACAGAAGACAUACCACGUUCUUCUUCUCCUCCUAAUCCUUUUGAUGAAAGCGAUGAAGAGGAGAGCAAGGGAGAGAAAGAGGAAGACCCUCAAACACCAGCCAAAUUUACGAACAAUGGGGACCUCCCAUCUACACCUGUCAGUCAUCAUGAAGGUGUCAGUCGGCCGGUGCCAGCACCCCGCAGGGUUUCUGAACCCACCCCUCCUCCUCGCCCUGCCCCUCGGGUUCGGCUUCCCCGUACAACAGACGGCCUUACUGCCGGUGAACAUCAGAAGCCUCCAACUCCUCCCAAACCUCGAGAAAGAUCACAGUCUCCUGGAAGCCUAUCCAGUGGCUCCCAUAAACCCAAAGACCCACCUUGGCUCGCCCUGGUCCAGUCAGAAUCCAAGAAGAAGAAAGCCCCUCCCCCUCCCCCUGCCGGAUUGGCAACACCUCCCAAUACAGGUUCUCUGUCCUCUCUCAAAGGGGAGGGCUCCAGACCUAGCACACCCCCUCCACCCUCCAACCCAUUUGAGGAUGAUGACAAUGGAAGUAACGAGGUAGAGGAAGAAGAGGGGAGUGAAGGAGGUGCAAUUCCACCCACAGUGGUGGCUAGUCACCCAUGGUACAGCAUCACUCGGGCGGCUGACGCGACAGGUACAGACACUCCCCCUAGUGGAGGAAGCUCAUCCCGCUCUGCCAGCCCCGGGAGUGCAAAGAGCAAGAAACGUCCCGCACCCCGGGUUCCACAUCCACCUGCUGGUAACCAAGUUCUCUCUCUUUCUCAGCCCUCCUCUUGCUCUCCCUCUCCAGCUCUCAGCAUAGAGAGUCUGUCCUCGGGCUCAGACCACAGCUCCUCCCAGCCCCCCUUGAGUGGCAGUGCCAGCAGCGACCAGGAGCAUGCCUUCACCAAAAGCCUUUCAGAGCCUUCCAUCUGUUCGCCGUGCGACUCCACGGCCUCUCCUUCCUCUUCCUCGACCGAGCGUCUGCUUCAUCUUUCCCCCAGCCCCUACCCUUCUCCCAUGCUUUCAAAUGCUAGCUCAGCUCCAGCCACCCCACAGACCAGUCGCAGUUCGGGGACCAAAGGGCCCGGAGCGCCUCCACCACGGCCCCCAACGAUCCCCAGCCCAUUGGCCUCAGGGGCCACCCAAUCACACAACAAGAGGAUAUGUAAGGAGAACCCAUUCAACAGGAAGGCUUCCCCCUCCCCUGCUAAAUCCAAAACCAAACCACCAAAAGGGCCUCGUCCUGCCAGACCCCCCGCCCCUGGUCAUGGCUUCCCACUAAUCAAACGCAAGGUGCAGUCAGAUCAGUUUAUCCCAGUGGAGGACAUCCAUGGGGAGAUGAGUCAGCUGGAGAAACAGCUGGAUGAGCUGGAGCAGAGGGGAGUGGAGCUGGAGAAGAAGCUCAGAGACAACCCUAACGAUGAGGAUGAGGAGCGCCUGCUGGUGGACUGGCUCACCCUGAUCCACGAGAAACACCUGUUAGUCCGACGAGAAGCUGAGCUGGUCUACACGGCGAAGCAGCAGAACCUGGAAGAGAGGCAAGCUGACGUGGAGUACGAACUGAGGUGUCUUCUCAACAAACCAGAGAAAGACUGGACUGAGGAGGACAAGAGCCGGGAGCAGGAGCUAAUGGCUGACCUGGUUACCAUCAUUGAACAGCGCAACCAAAUUGUCAACAACAUGGACCAGGACAGGCAGAGGGAAGAAGAGGAGGAUAAACUUAUGGAAGCCAUGCUGAAGAAGAAAGACUUCCAUAAGGAACCAGACAGCGACCACCAGAAGAAAAAAGGGGCAAAGUUCAAACCCAUUAAGGUGCUGAAGCGGCUGAGCCAUAAAGGAGAACCAGGCAACAGCCACAGCCCUCGCAAGGAGAAAAGCUGAACAACCGAGGACGCAGUCUCCCCAAAGAAGAUAAAAAACUGUUUUAACAAGACGAAGGAAAAUGAAAAAGGACGUGAGAAGAGAAAUAGACCAGGUAAAGAGGAUGAGAUGACGUGUCCUGUAACUGUUAUUACUGACUUUAAGCGCAACCCAGAACCCACUUCCUGCUCAUGUCUUACUUGAUGCUUCUCCAAAAAGUCUUUUCAGUGACUAUUGUCCAUUGCCUUCGUGUGUUAAAACAGGCGGUAUAACAACUCCAGUGCUAUAAGAGCUGAUGUGCUUUAUUUGUAAACUCUCUGACCUUUCAAGAUAUUGAAGUGUAGAUUAGGUUUCUAAAUUACUGCACUGAUUUGUUGUAUGUUCUCGCUUCACUUUAUAUCUGAGAAGGUUUUAUGUCAUGUCUGGCUUUAGACUGUGGUACUAGUGAAAGUAAAAAAACAUUUUUUUUUUUGUUUGUUUUUCCAAGAUGAACCCUUCUGCAAAUUUUGUAACACCUACCCUUGAAAUGAUCAAUCAACAAUGGCUGCCUAGGCUCUUCUAGCUGCUUCAUUACAAUUUGCUUGUUUGUUGUUUGCUUUUUUUGCAGUGUUGUCAUUUGUGCAAAAGCAUAUCAUCAAACACUUGGUUGAAUGUAGACACAUACAUUUGACUGUAUGUAAUUGGAUUCAAAAUCAGACAGAUUUAGAAAAUGAGAGUUUUGCAAGACAUCAUUAUAGAAAGUAUUAAACUGCACAUGUCUGUUAGAAAAUUUUAUUAA